AGUUGUAAAAUAUGCGCGUUCGAAAACCAUCUCGUUUACAUCAAGAUCUUAUUGGCAUUAUUGCUAAAGUUGCCGAUAUUACUAACGUUAAAGAAAUUGAAUAUUUAUUCGAAUUUGGAACAGAUGAUAUAGACUGCUUCCUUGGUGGACUACAUAAAGUCAUCAUUAAGGGAAUAAGGGAUGGUGCUAAAGUUAAAAUAAAUGUGAUAAUAAAAUGGCAUUCUAAACCUUCCGAUCGCAUAUGUUUUAGAGCGGCUUAUCAAAGAGAAUGUGUCUUUUACCAAUAUAUAGCACCAAAGAUGUUAGAACUUCAGCGAAGUUAUAAUAUAAUUGAAGGCCUAAAACUAAAGUUCCCAAACUGUAUAUUUGCAAAUAUGGAAUACGAUAAAGAAACUAUCGUUACAAAUAUGCCCACUGAAUUCAAACUAUUGGACAGAUUCUAUAAAAUGGAUUUCAAUCACUCAUCGCUGGUUUUGAAGAAUCUUGCAAAAUUCCACGGGCUGUCAUUUGCUUUAGAAAAUUUGUCACCUAAGGUGUUUGAAAGUAUACGAGAUUUGUGUAGUAAAGAUGUUCAAUACGGCGAUCCUGAUGCUAUACCAAAAUCUUUAGUUGAAUAUUUUAAAGAGUCUUUAAGUGUUAUAACCAAUAUUGAAGCCAAAGUAAAACUUGAAGAAUUGUCACCAUAUAUUUUGGAGCUAUUAAAUAAAUGUGCUGCACCAGUUUUAAAUUAUAGUGCAAUUUGUCACGCGGACUGUUGGAAUAAUAAUAUCUUGUUUAAAUAUCAGGGGAAGAGACCAGUCGAUGUUCUUUUUGUGGAUUAUCAGUUAGUCCGCUAUGCUUCACCGGUGACGGACAUUUCGUACUAUUUAUAUAUGAGUGCGGAUCAAGAAAUACUUUCCAAUCACUACAAUCAACUCCUUGAUAUAUACUAUGGAACUUUAUCGGCCGUAUUGCGUCAGUGUCAUUUAGACGUGGAGGAUAUUUAUCCUAAGAGAAUUCUGCAAAAGCAUUUAAUUGAAUAUUCGGUAUUAGGAUUAAUAGAAGCAUUGAUAUCAAUGAAGAUAAUAACGGCCAAAACUGAAGAGGCUUUAAAAAUGACUGAACUGAAAUAUUCGUCUGAUGAGCCAUAUCAGUGUGAAAGCGAGAAUCAGGCAAUAUACGUGGAGAGAAUAAAUGAAGUUGUCAACGACUACUUCGGAAGAGGCUAUUCAAUAGACGCAUUAUUAAAUCAAUGACUGAAACGGUACCAUUGUUGUAGUCUUAAAUGUUUUAUAUUUCUUUGAAAUCACUUAUUUAUUUACAGCAACAUAAAUAUGAGAAAUCUGAUAAUGGUUUAGACCGUUUAUUACACUACAAUUAUUACAAUUAAAA